GCUUAUCUUAAUUUGUUCUAGUUAAACAAGGUCAGGUUUGACCAAACACGAGAAGUCAUUAUCGGAGUCGCCAAACGAGAUGCAUACAGAGACUGUUGUUCAGUUUUUGGCACUGGUUCUCUUUGAAUUGUCAUAUGCAGACCCCCUGCAGAUUGUUUUCACUGAUCAACCAUCGCAAAUAACGGUUGGGUCAGAAGUUCAUUUGACAUGCGUGGUAAGCGGUGGAAGUAGUCCCCAUACGACAUGGAUUUCGCCAACAGGACUUCUCCCGCCAAACUCACACAUGACCAAUGAAGGGAAAACACUCGUGAUCACACACUUUGACGUUACGAAUAACGGGCAGUACAUCUGUGUGACGUCAGACGGAUUCCAAUUUGCACACCACGUGUUUACUGUGAGUUUAAAUUCUGGAACGACCACAACAACGACCCCAACAACGACACGGUCUACUACGCAUGCCCAUAAAACAACCCAUACCGCUCCAAGACCACCAACUAUUUUAUCCACAGAAGUACAGCCCACUAAUUAUCAUUAUGGUGAUGACGUGGAGCUCAUCUGUAGAGUAGAGAGCAACCCUCCAUCUGAUCAGCUUGGAUGGAAUAUGAUGACUGAUCCCAGCAGAAUUCCAGCCAAUAUCAAUUUAGUGUAUGGUACAGACAUGGUAAAGGUACAUAUUAAACACCUGACCGCCGAGAACAUAGAGCAGUAUCAGUGUUUUGUACAAAAUUCCUUUGGUUCGGACUUCAAACGCUCUCACUUCAUCCACCAAAAUAGUGUAUCUUUUACCCGUUGGAAAUAAAUCAUAUAACUGGUAAA